GCAGCGCGUUGCGCCAGUAUGUACGCGAACAGGCAGCUCCGCGCAACUAGUGUAUUCCUACCGAUGUUUUAGAGGAAGUACCGAUUUUCUAGUGUAUUUCAUUGUGUUCACGCCUUUCAUCUUCCUAUCGUUCAUCUUACAAUCCUUAUUCGUCGAUUUGUAUCACUCAUUAAUGAAAGUUUGCCAUUGAGGAGCAAUUAUGGAUUGGUCGAAAGAUAUGGGGCUCUCGCUGGUGAACUUAUACAAGAUGAAGGAGGUUCUAUGGAACCCGAUGAGCUCUGAAUACCAUCAAAAAACUAGACGACACGAUGCUUGGCAAGAAAUCGCUGAUGAACUCUCCUUGAUUAUUAAGAAACCGGUGUCUGCAUUGGAAUGCAAGAGAAAGAUGGAUACCAUUCUUUCCUCGUUUAGAAGAGAGAGGGUGAAAGUAAGGAGGAGUCUGAAGAGGGCUAAGGGAGAUCCUACCAAACCUACGGGAUCCACAUGGUUCUUUUAUAAUUCGUUAACUUUUCUUAUCGAAAAAGAUGUUCUCCGUUCCAAAUCUGUUAACGCGAAUCGUGACGCACAUUCUCCCCCACCUGGCAAAAGAAACAAAUCAGAGAACGAUAAGGAGGAAACACCAAGGGAGGACGAGUGUUAUAGCUACGGAAUGUUCGUAACGAAUAAAUUGAAACUCUAUUCGCUUCAUACUCGAAGCGAAGUUCAGCACGCCAUAAGUGAUAUUCUUUUUAACGCUGACAUGGGUUAUUACAAUCGGUCUCAUUCAGUUUCGACGAACACGCAGACUGAAUCUAACGUACUUGAGUACAUUUUGUUAGAACAUAACGAAAGCGUUCCGCAAGAAAUCGAAUUUAAGAACGCAGAAAUCGAAUUUAAGAACGCAGAAAUCGAAUUUAAGAACGAAGAAAUCGAAUUUAAGAACGCAGAAAUCGAAUUUAAGAACGAAGAAAUCAGUGAUCUGGACAACGAGAGCGAAAUAUUUAAUUAAAUUCAGCAUAGAAUUGUUAAUAGCGACGAUGAAUCGUACUGUGGUCGUUGCAACGAUAUAAUUUUACUCGUUUUAAGCUUCGGUUGAUUAUUUCGUUUUGUUUAUCAAAUGGUUGAUUGAAAUUGCGAGCAAGCUUAUUUUAUACAAGGAAAAACGAACGCGUGUAGAAAUUUUGAAAGUGCAAAUAGAAGUUAAUUUAAAAUAGUUAUUGGCUUUCUAUAGGAAUUAAUUGGAUAUUGCUAAUGAACCUAUUGUACAUGUAAUAUAUUAUACAUAUCAUAUUAUAUUUAUGAAUAUUUCUACACAGAGUAUACCAAAUAAUUGAUAUUGAUUUUAGAUUUUUUUGUGCAAUUAAAUAGAACAGAGCACAAUAUUCUAAUAUAAGAUCUAACGAAAUUGAUAUAUCUAAGAACCAUAUGUGAUAUAUUGAGAAAUUAAAUCUUUAUGUUAUUUGUUUACGUAGUUUGAUAACGAAUAUUUAUUUUCAAGUCCGAGAAGUUGAUAGACAGACGCAUCGUGCAUAUUACUUCUUUGUAAUGUAUAACGUGUAUUAUACCCAUUACACGACAAAAGAAAUACAUUAGUCUCUUUGUUGUUCCCAACA